AUGACUAGGCGGAGACCUUCCGGCCCAGCCAAUUCUGCCAUAGUUUCCAGUCGACUUACCAGCCAAACAACCUCAAAUGCUUCCAGCCCGGGCUCAGGUUCGAAUGGGCGUUUUCUCACACCGUUGGAACCCCCCGCGGCUCUUCCUGGAUAUCUGGGCUCGACAAGUUACGCUGCGUUUUUGACUGAGCAUCGUAGUGAUAUUUCGUUCGAGCCUGAGGAGAGCACAUAUUCCUCUGCGGGGUUAGUAGUGGAGCCUGAUCGACUCCAAUCCGGGGUUGAUGUACUCCGGCUUUUGUACAAUCUCACUGUGUGUGAUAUGCUGAUUGCACGAUUAUAUCAUCGGCCAUGGAACGCCAUCGUGCCCAAAUUGGUAAUGGACGAGCUUUUGCGCUCGGUGCGCCAAAUCUUUGACGGGUUCUCCAGUGACCCAACGGCACAACUGCAAGAGUUGGCGAAUCAAAUAUUUCAAAAUACCUCCCGCCCGAUGCGGACGCAUAAGUCUAUGUCAUUUGAGGAGUAUUGUUCCUCUUUUACCGGUCGCAACCUCCGGUGGGAGGCACUUGGCUUCAUCUUCACUAACUGUGGAAUGCAAUUGGUCGUUACGCCAGACAACGACCCUGAAAUUAUGCAGGGCUCAGAUGACCCUCGAACAAGAGACCGGUUACUAGAGCAGAUGACUGUGGUAAGUGCAGUAUGCCUUGGUUUCUGUGACCAGAUAUCGUCGGCAAACGAAUUGCUGGCAAUGUUGCAAUUUAACGAUGUUAUGUUGCGAACACAACAAUAUGGUGAUUCUAGCUAUCAAGCUUGGCGUAGAUUGAGUGACCUGGUAUCCACGAUAUAUGCAGCUGGGCUACACUUAGACACUAGUAGCAUUGACAAUUUUCCAUUCUUUCUUCGCCAGUGGGGGAGACGCUGCUUUUUCGCUGCCUUCUACAUGGACAAAAUGAUGGCAACAUUUGUUGGACGACCGCCACUGAUGAAUGGUCGAUUCUGCACACUCGCUGCUCCAUUGGAUUUGAGCGACGAAGUCCUGGCUGCAGGUGGAGAUGUUCUCAGCAAGGCUAUAUCGGAGCUAAACAGCACCGGAUGGAAUACCCAGGGGGAGUUACACACAGUAACCCCAAUUCGCCUACGCUAUCAGCUUGCCAUCAUUCGGGAAGAAACUCUUGAGGUCGUAUUGGGAACUCGCGAGCAACACAAUCUAAUCCAGAAAUCCGAAGAAAUCCAAGCAAAAUCGCGCGCCAUUUGGGAAUCAACUCCGGAUCAACUUCGAUAUGACCGGCGAUUGAACGACCCUUCUUGGCAUGGGUGGCUUAUGAUUGUCUAUUGCUAUCUGGAUUAUCUAUACACUUGCUUUUUGCUUUAUCGCGCAGUUGUCAAGCACACUAACACCGGACAAGCGGAUCUCUGUGACGUAUCUCGUCGGGUGCUAGCCAUUGUCAUUCAGAUCAAUACAGUCCGAACACCAAUGGUCGACCUAGACAGGCACUUUUCUUGGGUCGUCCUCACGUAUGGUGUUCCUUCCGCCAGCGUCCUUCUCCUUGAACUCCUGCGUCAAUCGCAUGAGCCCGGUCCACACACUGUAACUCUCCCCCGCGCUGAGUUGAUCCGUAACCUCAGCGUGUUUAUUUCUUCCCUAUCGUGGGUCGCAGUCCCCGGCCACGGGAACUAUCAUAUCUGCAAAGAAGCCGAGAAAAAGCUGUCUCGCAUUCUUGAUCAGCUGCUCGACCCAGAGCCUGUGCAUCAACAUGUGGUGGAUGAUGUUACAACAGGCCUCGACAAUUUCCUCAAUUGGUCAAACUACAAUACAAUCUGGGACUUCAAUACCGAUAAUAUGCCUCUUGCCGAGGGCUUUGUGCCUUGA